UAUAUAUAUAUAUAUAAUCCAUCUUCCACUCUUUCGAAGGUUCCAAAGGUUUCUCACUCUCAGCCCUCACUUUGUUUUCAUAACAAAAAUACUCAAAUAAAUUUGCCUUCCAGUUUUCUUCUUUCACUUCUCAUAUAAAAUCGAACCCCUCUCCGUAAUGUGCUCUUUUCUCUCCCCCAAACCCUAACCGAUUUUCUCAAUGUCCGAGCAUCAAUCACCGGACGACGGCGGAGAAAUGGCGGCACAUGACAACAUCGGCUCCAAGCGUUAUCGUCGACCCAGCGUAAGGUUAGGCGACAUUGGCGGUGAACAUUCUUCGUUCGACCAACGGAAAUCCAAGUCUCUCUGGAAGGAUUCAUCCAAGAGUAAUCGACAUCGUACAAACUUAUCAAGUAAUCAAACUCUUACUCUUGUUGAUACGAACCCUAAUGAAAGUAGCAAUUCUAGGAAAAAAUGGAGUAAUGUUGAUGAAGAGGAUGUUGGGGAUGCGAAUUUGGAUGAUGUUACAAUUGGUAGUUGGAAGAUUAAGAAUUUGAAAUCUAAGAAGGGGAUAGUGACUAAGAAGAUGAGGUCGGGUUGGACUCCUAAAGUUAAUGAUAGUGAAAAUGACAAAAUGCUCAGCACUGAUGUCGAAGAUUCGGAGAAUAAUGAACACAGCCCAGUUCAUUCCCGUGACAAUAACAAAACUAAUGAUAAUGUAAACAUGAGUACUAUUGACAUUGAUAGGAGAAUUGAUAAUGUGAAUAGUAGGAAGAGGGAAAUUAGGGUUUCUGAGGAUGGCCCAACUGAUACAAAGGCCCCAGAUUGGAAGAGGAAUGGGAUUAAGGUAUGGCUAAACCAGUUGGGACUUGGUCAGUAUGCCUCUCUGUUUGAGAUUCAUGAGGUUGAUGAUGAGGUUUUACCAAUGCUAACAUUGGAGGAUCUAAAGGAUAUGGGAAUCACUGCAGUCGGAUCGCGAAGGAAGAUGUAUUGCUCAAUUCAGAACCUCAAUAAAGGUUUCUCAUGAGUUUCUACCAGGGAAAAGUUCAGAUGCAAUUCUGAUAUACUAGCAAUGGCUGUGAAGUGUACAGUGCUCUUACUGUUGGUAACAUCUUUGUUUAUUUGAUCCUAAAUAGAUCAAAACUUUUGAGAUCAGAAAAAAUAGUGAAGCAUCAUUCAAGAAAAUGAAUGAUAGUUACUCCUUAGUUUUCCUAAUAAAGUUUUAUGUCCAAUCAUCUUUUCACAAUCUUGAUUUUGCAAUCUUAUUUAAGCUGAUUUCACAAUCUUAUUUAACUUCCACAACUCUUAUUUGGUUGCUUAAUGUGUGUUGCUGCUACUCCCGAAAUGACUGUACUGAGACAUUGGCAUCCUUUCUUUCUUGAGUACCUGCAGCGUUGUGAAUUGUAUCUUCAAUUCAUUGUAGCAUGAGGAGCUCUAGAGAACAUUUUCUUUGUGAUAAGUUAAAAUAAUUUUAUUGAUGAUGGGAGUGAGCUGUAGUGAACAUUUUCCCUUGGACCCUUCUAAUGUCCAUGAUCCCAAAAAAAAAGUACUUCUCCUUCGGCCAUUAUCUAAUGUCUGCUUAGUGUUAAUUCAGAAGUCAAUUCUAUCCUGCACAUGAUGUUGUGGAAUUUUGGUUACGGACUUGCUUACUACAUUGUCGGGUUUAUAUCAUUUGUGUGCAACUAAUACUCUGAGACGACAACACUAACACCAACACCAACACCAGCAUACCCACUGUGAUCCCAUAAGUGGGGUCUAGGGAGGGGGAGGGGGUACGCAAACCGUACCCCCUACCUUGGUAAGGUAGAGACUAAAGAGAGGUUGUUUCUGAAACACUAAUACUCUGAGAAUGUGUUUAUAAUUGUUUUGUAGUUCCUGUGUUCUUAUGCUUACGUAUGUCCUGUUAAAGAUAAUAUUUAUAUGAACCUCUCUCUGUGGUACUUACUUUUAACUUUUUGCUAAGUUUUAGGAGUUGACAAUGGUGAUGUGAAUUCUAAGAUUCACUGUUAAUUUCCCAAAGAUACCUUGCUUAAAUGAAACUAUAGCAGGACACAUCCACAUUGCCAUGUAGAAAUGUUGCCGUGGAACUCUUAGGUAGAAGGAUGAACUACACAUAAGAACACAGUGGCAUACUUUAGUUAGAGCAACCCUGCAAAAGCAUAUUGAGUUGCACAUAUUGAUGUCUCUGAAAUGCUUCUUUAGAAAAUGAGCUUCGGUAUGCCUCCUUAUCAAGAAUAUCAUUUUAUUAACCAUUACAUGGCUUGUCCUCACCAAGUAGUGCAGGACAACAAGAUGGUGAAGUGAAUACCAAUGUCCCCUUUCCCCUUGGAAUGACAACCGCAAGCAAACAGAUGACUAUGCAAAGACUGGCCUGUCCUCUCCAAAAUUAAGAUGUUACCAACCCUUUCCCUCUCGUGACAGAUUUAUGACUUUAGGUCAGUGAAUGUGGUUUACCUCUUGCGUCCACUGCACCUCUGGCAUUGACAGUUGGGUACAAAGUGCAAAUACACCCACCACAUCUUUCUUGCAUUCUCCUCUGCCUGCUCCUUUCAGAACCUCCUUGGAUGAAUUUCAUUGUGGCAGAAAUUUCGGCUGGACAUGCUUCCUUCGUCUUUGGUUAGUUUUUGACAGGCUUUGGAAGAUAUAAUUUUGCUGGUCAGUUAUAAAUAUCAGCAAAAGCAAGCUUAUCUGCUAGGUUGUUGCUUAUUCUGUAAUUGAUACCUACUCCACAUUCAGAAUAUUUUAUUCCAAAUCUAAAUAAAAGGCCUGUCAUAGAAACAAGCACCGAUAAAUUUUCAGAGUUCUGCUUUCCACGUAUAUGGAUUUUCAGAAUGUUUGAGAUUCUUAUCCAAACCAAUGAAUUGAUUAUUUAGAUGCCA